AUGACCUCCAACAGUCACCCAUCCGACAACAACUCGGCGCAAAGACCGGCAUCUCCGGCCGGUAGCUACUACGCCAUGAGCGACGACGAAGAAGGGGACUACAACACCAUCACCCAUACCGAGUCUGGUAAGGGGGUGAAGCUGUUGUAUUCCAAAAGCAAGGUUUACAUCCACCCAACGCCCUCUUCCAAGGACAACAUUCCUGGCUUCAUUGCAUUGUUGCAGCAAAAGCCACCGCGCAACGAUACCCGCCCAACCUCAUCUUCAUCCGCCAAGAGCAACCCUGCCUCCUCUGAUCUGCUCCUCGCAUGGCUUCCAGAGUCCUCACUUGGCGACUCGGCCAGCAUCUAUGUCAAGGUCGACCUUUGUGAGGGAGAUUCUCCUCCAAAACAGUCCUACCUAGUACCUCCGCCUCCCACAGUAACGACACAUAGUGGCUCGAUAGGUCAUUAUGCGUUUGCCGUCCCUGUCUCGGCGAUCUACAGCCUCCUGGUGCGUCCGCCCAGUCUGGGCUGGUGGUUUGGUUCCGUCAUCAUCAACACGCGAGCUGGUGACUCAUUUCCAGCCCUAUUCUUCCACGAUAGCGAGUGCCAGUCAACCAUGCUCCGCAAGAAGAAGAUAACGCGUGAUAGCUUCGACCCUUUCGGCGAGGGUGGACAGAUGUUCUGGGGUGGAGAUGAAGUGUUACGGUGGCUCCGUCGCUACGUUAAGGUUGAGCGCAGCGGAGCCGAGCCGAACAUCUAUCUAGUAGAGCCCAGCAAGGAGGAUAGCGAAGCAUUUGGUGGAAGCUUGACGAGCAGCUCCCCCAGCCAGAUCGGAAAACGGGACAGCGCCAGGGGUAUUGGAUCCUCCACUGCUGCAGGUGCAUCAACAUCUGUAGAUGCUGGCAUGGAUCCCUUUAUGAAGUUUGUCAAGGAGACAGGUUGGAACAUCAUGGAGAAGUUCUCCAAGGUGACAACCAUGACACGCCAGGCGGCCCAGGAUCUUAUGGAAAAUCCCAGCAUGCCACCACAAGUCCGGCGCCUGAUGCGCAACCCAGAAGUCCAGACGAUUCAGGACGAGUUCGAUAGCGCGCGUAUCUACCUUGCGCGGUGGGCGAUGGGUAUUGCCGAACAGAGCGAGCGUGACCGCCGUCAACGCAUAUGGACAGCGCGUGAUGUGAUGGAGCUUGAGGAUACCGAUGUUGGCGAGUUUGAGUUGCUUGAGGGCGCCACAGGUGCCAUGUCGCUCGAGGAGCAACGCAAAACCGUCACUUUGAGCGAAUGGAAAGGAUUUUUUGACGCGCGCACCGGGCGGCUCACGUACACCGUUGACGAGGUCAAAGAGAGAAUAUUUCACGGCGGCUUAGACCCGGACGAUGGCGUGCGUAAAGAAGCAUGGCUCUUUCUUCUGGGAGUUUAUGACUGGUACAGCACUGCAGAUGAACGAAAAGCGCAGGUUGCAUCGCUACGGGACGGAUAUGUGAAGCUUAAAGGGGCUUGGUGGGAGCGACUUGUUGAUUUGGGAGGUAAGGGGGAAGCCGGCGAAUGGUGGAGGGAGCAAAGAGGACGUAUAGAGAAGGAUGUCCACCGCACAGAUCGAACAGUGCCCAUCUUCGCUGGGGAGAACAUACCUCAUCCCGAUCCAGAUUCCCCUUUUGCAUCUUCAGGGACCAACGUUCACAUGGAACAGUUGAAGGACCUCCUCCUCACGUACAACGAGUACAACCAGGAGCUGGGAUACGUUCAAGGAAUGUCGGAUCUGCUAGCGCCGAUAUACGCCGUGGUACAAGACGAUGCUAUUGCGUUCUGGUGUUUCCAACGCUUUAUGGAUCGUAUGGAGCGUAACUUUCUUCGAGACCAAUCCGGCAUGCGUGCGCAAUUGCUGGCGCUUGAUCACUUGGUCCAGUUUAUGGACCCCAAGCUCUAUGCGCACCUUCAGUCGGCCGAUAGCACAAACUUCUUCUUCUUCUUCAGGAUGUUAUUGGUUUGGUACAAGCGUGAGUUUGAGUGGCUAGAUGUGCUUCAUCUGUGGGAGGUUCUCUGGACCGACUACCUGACCAGCAGCUUCCACCUGUUCUUCGCGCUGGCAAUUCUGGAGAAGCAUCGCGACGUAAUCAUGACACACCUUAAACAUUUCGAUGAGGUGUUGAAAUACGUCAACGAGCUCUCCUGCACUAUGGAUCUCGAGUCUACCCUAAUCCGAGCGGAGGCUCUGUUCCGUCGCUUCCAACGAUUAGUUGAGGCUAUUGAUAAGAAGAAGAAUUUCCCAUCGCCGAGAACUAUACGUUCACCAAGCACCAUAGCGUCGUCUUCAUCCAAUGGAGGAGCCCAUGCAGGCAACGAGCCUAGUACCGACCCUCGCUCCCCAUCCCGUAACAAGGGCAAGUCGCCAGAUCAACAAGAAGAUGUCGUAAAGGUCAUUACCCCUGAACUCAGGGGUCUCCUGAGCCGGGAGGUUGCAAUCCUUCCUAGAAAUGAGGUUGCGCAAAAGGGAGAAGGAUGGGCGACUGUGACGAAAUAG